AUGCUGGUGACCUAUUUGGAAGCCAGCCGGGACCUUUGCGAGACGGACUCCAUUCUUUUUGGCGCCGUACUGACAGUCUGCCGUAUUAUUGGCGCCAAAUUUCCCAUGGCUGGACGUGCUACUCAACAAAGUAGCGCCAUCCCAGCCUGCAGAAAAAGAAUCGAGGACCGGAUCGCAAAAGCAAGGGCCUUUAUCGGCAGACUGACAAGCUUCAGGUCGGGUAAUAAUAGACCGAGAGUAGUGCGCACCGUUAGAAUGGCGUUUGCUGGGACAAAUAUCAGUUUGUCCCAGCCGGAUAUCACGCAGAAACUAACGGAGCGCAUAGAUGAACUGAAGCAAAAAAUCGCUGCUUGGGAGAAGCGGAUUCGACGAUUUAGCGAGAGGUCAAGACGGUUCAACCAGAAUCGUCUCUUCCAGAGUGAUCAGAAGAGGCUCUAUAAAUCAUUGGAGCGACCAGAGGUGUGUGGAGCGGGCCCAGGACCGGAUCAGGCUGACACUGUCGCAUUUUGGCGUGGCCUGUGGUCAGAGCCCGUGAACCAUAGCGAGGGCCCUUUGAUGGAAGUUGUGGCGAGCCAGAGUGCGAGUAUUACGCCCAUGGACCCCGUCACCAUAACCCCUGAAGACGUGGCUGAGGCGACAACAAGUGCAUUACAUGAAGAGUCUAUUGUGCAAAUAGCUGCUCUGGCUGUACCAAGCACUAGUUCUGACGUUUAUGAAAGUAGUUCUGCACUUAAGGAAACAGAAGUAAAACGUACUGCCUGUAAUAUUGAAGACCAAACUAGUAAAAAACAAUGUCGAAAAAUUCUUGAAAAUGUAUGCAAUCUUAACAAGUUACCUGUCAGCAGUGAAGACGACGAUCCCGCGAAGAUAGAGAGGGGCGUGCAAGUGAAAAUAAAGUCUAGUGAAGAAGAAAUACUUGAGAAGAAAACUAAGAUUCUUAAGCAAAAAGUGGCGCGCCAAACUAAAACUUCUUUAAUUGCAACUAUUAAAAAGUAUACGGCUCAGAGCAGACCCGACUCUGAUGGGUAA